CGGCUGUGGCCGCACGCGCGGCCCGAGCUCGGUCCCCGCGGCGCCCCUUGCCCGCUGCCCGGCGCCCGCCGCCCCCCGCCGCCAGCCAUGCCGCCGCCCGCGCCGCCCACCGAGGUGAUGCCGUCGGAGCGCGUGGUGGUGCUGCUGUCGUGCGCGCUGUCCGCGCUGGGCUCGGGCCUGCUGGUGGCCACGCACGCCCUGUGGCCCGAGCUGCGCAGCCGGGCGCGGCGCCUGCUGCUCUUCCUGUCGCUGGCCGACCUGCUGUCGGCCGCCUCCUACUUCUACGGGGCGCUGCGCGACUUCGCGGGGCCCUCGUGGGACUGCGUGCUGCAGGGCGCGCUGUCCACCUUCGCCAACACCAGCUCCUUCUUCUGGACCGUGGCCAUCGCGCUCUACCUGUACCUGAGCAUCGUCCGCGCCGCGCGGGGGCCCCGGGCCGACCGCCUCUUCUGGGCCUUCCACGCCAUCAGCUGGGGGGUCCCGCUGGCCAUCACCGUGGCGGCCGUGGUGUUAAAGAAGAUCGGCUACGAUGCCUCGGACGUAUCGGUGGGCUGGUGCUGGAUCGACCUGGAGGCUGAUGACCGCGUGCUGUGGAUGCUGCUGACCGGAAAGCUGUGGGAGCUGCUGGCCUACGUGGCGCUGCCCGUGCUCUACCUGCUCAUCCGCAAACACGUCAGCGGCGCGCGCGAGGCGCUCUCCGAGUACCGGCCCCUGCUGUCCCACGCGCACCGGCUGCAGAGCCACCCCGCAGUGGCCGACAAGAAGCUGGUCCUCAUCCCCAUCAUCUUCAUCUGCCUCCGAGUCUGGAGCACCGUGCGCUUCGUGCUGACGCUGUGCGGCUCCCCAGCCGUGCGGACUCCGGUGCUUGUCGUUCUGCACGGCAUCGGGAACACGUUUCAGGGAGGUGCCAACUGCAUCAUGUUCGUCCUGUGCACGCGCGCCGUUCGCACCCGCCUCUUCUCCAGCUGCUGUUGCUGCUGCACUGCCCAGCCUCCGGCCGACAGCCCAGCACCAGCCAAAGCCCCUGCACCCGCGGGUGCGGGAGAUGCCUCGAGUGCCUUUCCGAGCCCACGUGAACUGCCCGGCACUUGAGCGCAUCCCUGGUUGUGCGCUUCAGUGUGGCCAAGCCCGGGACAAGGGCUGGCAGCCGUGUGGGUGUCGCUGACCUGCUCGAGGGACCGUGGCAGGCCCAGCCGCAUCUACCUCCUAGGCUGCGGGGGCGCAGGCACGUGGCCCCCUCCUGCUGUGACUCAGAAACUCGCGGGACCUGCUGUGCCAGUUGCCUGCGGUCCUUGGUCCCUCGCUCCCACCGCACUGUUUACGAUGUGAGGGCUGUACACUGUGACCAGGCUAAUAAAACCUCAGGACGCUGAGGCUGGGACACCAGAGCACAUGCCUGAGAUUCGGGCGGCCAGCCUGUGGGGUGGCGUUGCCGGUCCACGGAAGGCCCAGCCCCCUGCAUGCAGGGGGGUGACUUAAGCACAGGUGCCAAUCCCAAACCCCUCCCCAAGUCAUUAAAGUACAGGUUCCAGGGCUGGAGCGAUAGCACAGCAGAAAGGGCAUUUGCCUUGCACGCGGGCGACCCGGGUUCAAUUCCCAGCAUCCCAUAUGGUCCCCUGAGCACAGCCAGGAAUGAUUCCUGAGUGCACGAGCUAGGAGUAACCCCUGUGCAUCGCUGGGUGUGACCCAAAAGCAAAAAAAAAAAUAAGUGCAGGUUCCUUCCUGAGGUGAGGGGCAAGGAAGGGCAGGUUCUUGGGGCCCCCUUGAGCACUGAGGGGGUAAGGGAGAGGGGCUCUGCUUCUUCAUUCCCAGGUGAGUGAUUUGCAGGGAAUUAUGAAAGUGAGGGUUGUUUGGUGCUAAGUCCUCCCAGGAAGGGGCUGUUUGGGAGCUGGCCCAAAGCAGAGACUUGUGUGCUGAGUGCUGAAAAGAAUCCUUUAGGGUGCAGGGACAGCUCAUGGGCUAAGUGCAUGCUUGGCAUGCAGGAAGCUGAUGUCCAGUCCCCAGGACUGCCUGGUUCCCUGAUCACUGCUAGGAGACACACCUGAGCCUCUAGGUGGGAGUAGACCUCGGGUAUCGCUGAGUAUGGCCCAAAAACAGAAAGAGAAAGGAAGAACUGGAGCCCUAGGACAGCGGGGAGGGCAUUUGCCUUGCACACGGCCGACCUGGGUUCAUCCCAUAUGGCCCCCUAAGCACCACCAGGAGGAAUUCCUGAGCGCAGAGGCAGGAGUAUGCCCUGAGCAUCACUGGGUGAGACCCCCUUCCCCCCCCCAAAAAAAAGUGGUGAGAAAGCAUGUAAAUGAAGGAAUUAAUUUGAGGGCAUGUGUGGUGGUGCUGGGGGACAGUGGGGCACGGCGGAUGGAGCCUGGGGUUCCCACAUCAGGGCAUGUGCUCCCACUCUUGACCCAUCUCCAGGCUUGGAAUGAGCUUCAGCACUUCCUGCCCUGGGACUCCGGCCCCACAUUUGGCGCUUAUUUCAGAGGAUAAUUUCUCCGGUUGUUCAGGCUGACUUGUCACUCAAGAGGUUUGAGAGGGAGGAAUCCCUUCCUUCACAGGGUCCCUCCUUUGGACACCUGAAGAGCUCUGCAAAACCCCAGUGGUUUAGGGCUGGAGUGAUAUAGUACAGCAGGGAGGGCAUUUGUCUUGCACGCAGCCAACCUGGAUUCAAUCCCCAGCAUCCUCUACGGUCCCCCAAGCACCGCCAGGAGUAAUUCCUGAGUGCAGAGCCAGGAGUAACCCCUGAGCAUUGCUGGUGUGACCCAAAAAGAAAAAUAAAUAAAUAAAACUCCAGUGGUUUCCUGAGCCUCAUAUACACAAGGACACUGGUCCUGGAUGGUCCAAAGGCGCCACGCGUGCAGGACACGGCUGCCGAUCCCCUUCCCUCCCCCAAGCAAGACCAGCAGCAGCGAGAAAUCUGCAGGGAGAGUCCUGAAGAGCUGAGCUCACAGUGGUCCUCAGGCUCCUUUUCAGAACAAUUGUGGAGAGAGUCGAGCAGCAAGGCACUCGAUCUGCAUGCAACUGUGUCGGCGGUGACAGCUGCCACCCUGGUUCAAAUCCCAGCACCAUACAGAAUCCCCACAGUGCCUCCAGGGGCUGCGAACCAGGAAUAGCCCCUGAGGACCACUGGGUACCGAGUUCCAAAUGCCCACUCCCCACCAACAACCUUCCCCCCUCAUCUUCCUUCCUCCAGCCCCUCCCCGCCAAAAUACCCCGAAAACUAGCAAAGGGCAUUAGGCCCAUAAGACUAGUGGGAAAUUCUGGACCCUGCAGAUAACUUCCUGUUAUUAGGGGAAUUCACUAACGAAAACACCUAAGAAAAGGGACUCUGGGUCCACCAAGUAUGUUGCAGCAUACCAGGGGCGUCCAGCUGGUCCUGGCCUUCCUUCCG